CCUAUUUGAUGUUCUUGACAUAAAUGUCCUGAACUUAUUUUAUAAGGAUACAACUAGUAGCCUCUGGUCAAGAAAUUCCUGGUAAACUGCCAGAUGUAGCCCGACAAAGUGCUCUGCGCCUGCGUACUAGUCUGUGUGGCACUUUUGCGGUGACGUGACGAGCUUGCUGUCAAGAAGGAAAAGGGCAUCGUUCUGAAACAUCUGAAACACAGACACGAACAGAAAAAGGGCUGAUCGUAGUGGACAUGGAUGCCCCUCUUCCUAUUUAACCAGCCCAGCCUGCCCUUCUUCACACUGCCCCAGUCUGGAUGAAUGGAGAUGAGACAUUGCGGACCCAUCAGCAGCAGUGCGCAGCAUGAACAGCCACACGCUGGGUGACUCUCUGGGCCCUAGCCUAGCGGUGCGUAUGAGCGGAGCCGGCGGUGGCUGGAGCAGUCUCUCUCUGAAGCCAGUGCCUACCGGGUGGAUCCCCUCUCUGUUUCAAACCAUGGUCCCUACGGGAUACACCAAGCUCCAGGAGGAGCGUGGUCUGGCCAUGGCCGACCUGGGGCCCAAGCCUGAGGGGAACGGCUACCGGCCUGACCUGCCUCACCUGGAGGUGCGCCGGCACUCGGACCGGGUAGCACGGACGUCCGUUAGCCUGUCAGACGGUGGGGACGUGCGGUACUCUGAGGCUGAGCCCAUGCUCCCUGAGGGGACGCUCUCGGGAGAGGAGGGCGAUGAUGAGGAGAAGGAGGAAGAGGAGAGUCAGAGGCCCCCCACACGGAACAUGCCCAAGGAGUCGCCCCUGGCCAUGGCGCUGCAGAUCGUGGUGCCUUUCCUGCUGGCUGGGUUCGGCACAGUGUCGGCAGGGAUGGUGCUGGACAUAGUACAGCACUGGGAUGCCUUUAAGUACAUUACAGAGAUCUUUAUCCUGGUUCCGGCCCUGCUGGGCCUGAAGGGAAACCUGGAGAUGACCCUCGCAUCCAGACUAUCCACCGCGGUGAACGUGGGGAAGAUGGACUCUCCCAUAGAGAAGUGGAAUCUGAUCAUAGGAAACCUAGCGCUAAAGCAGGUACAGGCUACAGUAGUAGGUUUCCUGGCGGCGGUGGCAGCGGUGGUUCUGGGGUGGAUCCCAGAGGGGAAGUUCCAGAUGAGUCAUGCCGUGCUGCUCUGCUCUGCCAGCGUGGCUACUGCCUUCAUAGCCUCUAUGUUGCAGGGCUUCAUCAUGGUGGGGGUGAUUGUGGGCUCCAAGAAGACGGGCAUCAACCCCGACAACGUGGCUACGCCCAUCGCCGCCAGCUUCGGUGACCUCAUCACCCUGGCCAUCCUGGCCUGGAUCAGCCAGGGGCUCUACAACUGCCUGGACUCUCACCCGUACGUGUCGUCCCUGGUGUGUGCCUUCUUCCUGUCUCUGACUCCAGUGUGGAUGGUGAUCUCCUCCAGACACCCGGCCAGCCGCACCCUGCUCUACUCCGGCUGGGAGCCUGUCAUCACUGCCAUGGUCAUCAGCAGUAUCGGAGGACUCAUCUUGGACAAAACAGUGUCUGACCCGAACCUGGCUGGCAUUGUGGUGUACACCCCUGUCAUUAACGGUAUUGGGGGGAACCUAGUAGCUAUCCAGUCCAGCCGCAUCUCCACUCACCUACACUUCCACAGUGCUCCUGGGGAGGUACCAGAGGAAGCCAAGGGCUGCUACUACCCCUGCCGCACCUUCUGUGGCACAGGAGCCAAUCACCGUUCGGCCCAGGUGCUGCUCCUAUUGGUGCUCCCGGGUCACCUGAUCUUUCUGUACACCAUCCACCUGAUGAAGAGCGGCCACACCACCCUGACGCCCAUCUUUAUGACCGUCUACCUGGCUGCCGCCCUCUUACAGGUGUUCCUGUUGCUGUGUAUAGCAGACUGGAUGGUGUACUCUAUGUGGCGUAAUGGUAAAGACCCAGACAGUUUCUCCAUCCCCUACCUGACCGCCCUGGGCGACCUCCUGGGCACCGCCCUCCUGGCCCUCAGCUUCCAAUUCCUGUGGUACAUCGGCGACCAGGACAGCGACGUGGGUGACUGAGAUUACCCCUGAUCCCUGGUGGAGGGGUCACGCCCGUGCCUCUACCCCUGACCCUGACUCAGAACCCCUACCCCUUCUCCUCUUAUGCCUUGCGGGCUUGUUGCCGUUCAGGCGGUUUGCCUCGCUCAGCUAUUGGUCGCUGGAACAUUCCUCUGCCUCUCCUAUUGGGCAGAGUAGCACUUAACACUAUGCUGAUUGAGCCAUUGAGGAGCUACAGGUGUUAAUUUGGAAGAUAAAACCCGAUAUUAUUUGGAAAGACGUU